GGCCGAGGGGCGGGGCCGGGCGGGGCCGCGGUGCGCAGGCGCAGCCGUCGGAGGGUCGGGGCUCGGCCACCUGAGAGAUCUGAAACCCCCGGGCGUCGUCUCUUCCCCGUCACGAGAUGGAUAACAAGAAGCGCCUGGCCUACGCCAUCGUCCAGUUCCUGCACGAGCAGCUGCGGCACGGCGAGCUCUCGUCCGACGCCCAGGAGAGCUUGGAAGUUGCAAUCCAGUGCCUGGAGACCGCGUUUGGGGUGACCGUGGAGGACAACGACCUCGCCCUCCCUCAGACUCUUCCGGAAAUAUUUGAAGCGGCUGCGGCAGGCAAGGAGACGCCACAGGACCUGAGGAGCCCCGAGCGGACCCCACCUUCUGAGGAGGACUCGGCGGAGGCCGAACGCCUCAAAACCGAAGGAAACGAGCAGAUGAAAGUAGAAAAUUUUGAAGCUGCUGUGCAUUUCUACGGGAAAGCUAUCGAGCUCAACCCAGCCAACGCCGUCUAUUUCUGUAACAGAGCCGCUGCCUACAGCAAGCUCGGCAACUACGCCGGGGCCGUGCAGGACUGCGAGCGUGCCAUCUGCAUCGACCCGUCCUACAGCAAGGCCUACGGCAGGAUGGGCCUGGCGCUUUCUAGCCUCAACAAGCACACGGAGGCCGUGGCCUACUACAGGAAGGCCCUGGAGCUGGACCCCGACAACGAGACCUACAAAUCGAACCUCAAGAUCGCAGAGCUGAAGCUGCGGGAGACGCCAAGCCCCACUGGAGGUGUCAGCGGUUUGGACAUUGCUGGCCUGCUGAACAACCCGAGCUUCAUGAGCAUGGCGUCAAACCUCAUGAACAAUCCCCAAGUUCAGCAGCUCAUGUCCGGCAUGAUUUCGGGCAGCCACAACCCCCUGGGGACCCCCGGCACCAGCUCCUCUCAGAACGACCUGGCCGGCCUCAUCCAGGCAGGCCAGCAGUUUGCCCAGCAGAUGCAGCAACAGAAUCCAGAGUUCAUAGAGCAGCUCAGAAGUCAGAUCCGAAGUCGGACCCCCAGCGCCAGCAACGACGAGCAGCAGGAAUGACCGGCCCAGCUGUCCCGGCAAGAAUGACAUCCGUGCCCUCCGCAGACUGGAAGCAUCCUUGUGUUUUGCCAUUUUCUCCAGUUGGACUGCCCACGAGAGAAUAAGGAAAAAAAAAAUUGAACCUGCAUGUUAAGAUGGAUGUUUUUUCCCCUGCCCUGCCUUUUUGUACUCCCCCCACCCCACCCCACCCCCAGAUCCUUUCAAAAAAGAGCCAGCAAGCCGCGAAAGCAAACCAGCACCCAAUCUUCCUCCUCGCCCCAACGCCCAGUCGCAGAAGCGAUUUCUUUGAUCACGGAGCAUUUUCCCGGAAGCGGCGGGUCUCCUGUCGAUUCACAUGGUGGAGUCCUUUGGCUCCCGCCCUCUCUUGGUCUGUUCUCGAGGACUCCCCCAUCUCGGUCUGAAUCCGCUUUCUACGACGACCUCCGGGCAACCUGGGCACCCCGGCUGAUCGCCCGGCCCCCCAAGAGUUCACUGCCAGCCCCAGCCUGGGCACCAGCGUCUCGCCUGCCCCACUGGGACUCCGUGUUGUUUGCAUGAUGAAAUUGUUAGUUGCACAUACCUGGAAGACGACACUUAUGCCCCGAGCCCCCCAGGGGACGUGACACCAGUCUCGGGCCGUUCCCCUUUACACUUGAGCGUUUUGAUAGAUACUUCCGGCGAUCCUCUUUCCAGCACUGACAACAGACAGCUAGUGCCAUUACCCUGGCUUCUGAGCUGGCUCCUGCUGUGCCAUCUGCCACCAGGCAAGGGACGCCAGCCCCCAAGAACCCCCCAGCCUGAGUCCAUCCUGGCCCACAGGUGGUUACAGAUCCCGGGGUUCUGUUCCCGGACACCCCUGGUGCCACCUGCUCCAGCUCUGACAUCGAGGCACCUGCCGCCACCGGGGGAGCAGGGCAGCCUGCCCGGAACACGUGGACGCCUCCUCAGGAGCCCCGGCAGCCUCCAGUCACAGCAGGGGAGCGGCGCUGGAGAACUGCCGGCCCCGCCGUAUCGCGGGCAGUUUAGUCGGCCAGGAGGCUCACUGGGGAGGGCCGAGGCUCCCCGGGGUGUCAAGGUAACUAGUUCUAGGUGACGAGCAGGGAGCAAGGCCACCCAGGCCCCCUCGUCCACCAUGUGUCCGGCAAGAGGUGUUCUAGCUCUUUGGCGAGAGCCAGAGUAGAGAGUGUUUAACGUGUGGGGAUUAAACUGACGUUGUGACCUUCA